AUGCUGGCAAAUAACUUCUCCGCUGCUCCGCGACCUCGCCCUCCUGCCAAGGCCCGCCGUGUCUCUUCUCUGGUCAAGUCUUCUCCACCACCUCCCUAUGCCAUCGCUUCUCCUACCACGAAUGAGCUACCAGAUCCAAGAAAGAAUACCUUGCUUGGUUCGCCCAUCCUAAACACCGUCCAGAUGCUUGGAGGAUGGGAAGCUCAGCCAAUGUCACCACUUGCCGACGAUUGGACCAACGAGAAGUCUAGAGAGGAGCUCUCAGAAUUACUCUUGAAAGCCGAUGGGCUCAUCAAGGAGCGCGAGAGCGCCCUUUAUGCAGAGCUCACCAUGACCACUGCCGUGUGCAAGAGCUUAUACGAAAAUAAUAUGGAGCUCAAGAACAGACAUCAGGCCCUUCUCGCACGUCUGCCUGUUUCCCCCUCCAUCUCGCCUCCUUGCUCUGCAUCCACCUCUCCGGUAUCAUCUUCCCCUCCUCUGCUUCAUUCUCCGCAGUAUUAUGGCGCUACCAUAUCUCGGUCCUCUUCUCGCAUGAGCACAAGUUCGCUAGAGGCACCCCGCUCGCGUCAUCACCGACGGAUUUCGGUGUCUCCAUCUGAUAUAGCUCUUCUUUCGGACCAGAAUGCAGAGCUUCUAUACAAGCUGGAAAAACUCGAGUCCGAGUCUAUUCAGGCUGACCAAGCCGGCCGGCGCAAGCUCCGUAAACUAGAACAGGAGAUCCAGGGCCUUCGCGACGAACUUGACGAGACCAGGGCACGGAGCGAGGAACUGGAAGAGACGGCGCGAAAUGCGCUCAAGGGGCGGGCCAAAGAUGCAGACGAGAUAUCGAGGAAAAAGCUGGAGAGAGAGGAGAGGCUUAGAGCUUUACGGGGAAAACCAGACUAUGACCCGGAAAUCGACGAAGUCAGAGACUUUGCCCCUGGAGGAGCAUUGUCAGCCAAUGGUUCGUCGAAACUAGGCCUUGGCCUACCUUCUUCGUUCAGGUUCAGGUUUACUUCUCACCGAUAUGCGUCCGAGUGUAUCCCUGGUUCUACGUCCAGGCGCGAUGCAAUGGAUGAUCUGGAUGAUUAUCCCCCGACAGCAUCCAUUGGCCGAUCUGUCUCUCAGCCAUCUCAGUUCCCCCCUGCUCAUGAAUAUGCGCUGGUCUCUCAGCUGCUUUUGAAGAUCCGAGAACUUGAGGAGACUAACUCACAGAUCACAGAACAACAAGCCAAGACCGCAGCGCAGAUGCUUUCCGUAAAAAUGGACGCAGAAAGCAUCAGACGUGUAUACGAAAGCCUCGGUGAGGCAGACGACGUUGAAUGGCGGGUAGUAGAAGACGGAAUGGAUGAUACAGAUGGAGAUACCACGGGCGACGAAACAAUUCGGUUCAGAAACCUGCGACGGUCCCUCGACAACGAGCCAUCCCUCGAGUUUGAAGCUGGGAUCAACGCAGACAUCCAAGGUACUCUGCGUAAUGCCCUUGUACCUCAACAUAUUCCUGUCCCUGCUGCUCACAUGCACAAGUCGCGGAAAUCUGUUGUUGGCCUGUUUGAUUCGCCAGGGUCCAUAGAUCGCGAUUCUGGACAUCAACCGCCUCUGUCUCUGACCAUUCCCGGCCUUCCCAUCCCGUUUUCGACAAAUGCAGCUGAGACGCCUACCUCAUCCACGUCGAUCUCACCCGCUUCUGUGGAUGUAUCACCUAUAGAACAUACUGCUCGGACGCUGGACAGUGAACUCGGUAGUCAGAUCGGAGAGGACUGGGGUUUCAGCGCUGGGAAUCACCACUUCAGGACCAGUAGUCUGUACAAUCUGACUGCAAUCACUCCUGCUGCGUCGUCGGGAUCUGGGUUUGGAUCCAUACGCCAGCCCAAUCCGUCAUUUGAAGAGCUUCAUAGUAGAUGUACCACGACCACUGAUAUGGAUACCACAGUAUCAGCCGAUUCACAUUCUCAGAUCUCCUCCGACGAGACUACACCCACACUGACUGAUGUAUCGUCGAAACCAAUGCCGAGUGACGAUCUUCUCCUCCCUGGAACCUGGCGUGGUCAGACACCACCAAUACCGCCUCAUAUCGAAAGUCAAGCCGAGAAAAAGCGACGAAUGUCACAGACGAUCCGCCAGCGUACGACUCGUUGGGGUGAAGGGCGAUUCACAGAAUCGUUACUGACGAACAGAGCUCCACCUCGGACGGAUUCAAGGAUAGAGCCUGACCGUCCGUUAACACCGAUUCCACAGAGGCUGGCAAAUGUGUUUGACGCGGUGGUAGAGACGAUUGCAGGGGGGCGCGAGUCAGGGGAGGCUAGUCCUGCAAGGUCACCUACCACACUCGGUCGCGAGAAUGGAUCUGCGGUGACCCUACGCGUGAGCGAGGUGGUUAAAGAGGAGAGGAAGGGUGGCAUCGUGUCGUUUGUGCUAGAAGUGUGGUUGUGGCUCCAAUUUGUGAUCAUCAUCCUAGUCUUCCUGUGGGCAAUGGCGAAACGCGGGCCAAAGAGCGUUUUGGAAGAUGCAGAGAGGAAGAAGAUGGGGUCUCGCUGAUAUUGGUGUGUGUAUAUAUCGAAUCUACUUGUUGUAAUAUGCCUCUUGUACUAUAGUAUAGUUUCUACUAAUCCUUU